AUGUAUUUUUGACCCUUUUCCCGAAACAAAAAGCAAGGAAGCUCUCUCGGGCAACUUAUAUUUCUAGUUCUUGGCGUUUGCUUUUAGUUGGAAUUCAGAAACACAAAGAAAGAAAGGAUGGCUUGCGUGCACGAUCACGAUUGCGCCGACCAUAACUGUUCCUCUGAUUGGUCUCUCUUCAAGCAUAUUGAUCUUCCUAAGGUGUCUGCUUUGAAUGAGGCUGUCACAGGGAGUGUCAAAUCAGUUUUUAAACCUUGGGAGCAGCGUUUGAAUACUUCGGAGGGCCACUUGGAAAGCAAUGAAGGUGAUCCUGAACUAAUUGUUUUCAUUCCGUUCACAGCAGAUGUUAAAAUCAAGAGCAUAGCAAUUGUUGGCGGUGCUGAUGGAACAAGUCCAGCUAAGAUGAGGGCAUUUGUCAAUCGAGAUGGGAUUGAUUUUUCAGAUGCUCAAUCUAUGCAAGCGGUUCAGGAAUGGGAUUUAGCAGAAAAUCUGCAAGGAGUUUUAGAGUACCAGACAAGGUAUUCUAGGUUUCAAAGUGUGGGAAAUAUCACAUUGCAUUUCCCUGAUAAUUUUGGUGCUGAUACAACACAAAUACAUUAUAUUGGCUUGAAAGGAGAAGCCACACAGCUGAAGAGGGACGUUGUUGCAAAUAUUGUUUAUGAGAUUAUGCCUAACCCCUCUGAUCACAAGACUCGAUCUGAGACUGGCGGAGGCUUUUCACAUGUGGAAUAAGUUGUGUUAUAUGCAGCUCUCAUGGGUAGAGUGCUUUUGUCUCUGAUGUACACUGUGAUAGAACUUAUAGUCGAAAUAUAGCCAGGAAUUAUUAAAUAAUUUACUGAAGUUGCAUUAACUGCCCCCAGCUGCCUCUUCUCUCUCCCUCUCUCUCUCUCUUUUUUUCCUUCUAUCUUUUGACACAAUCGGUCAUUUCUUGUGACAUCAUAUUCCAGUGGAAGGGUGACAUAUCUACACUGAUUCGAGCUA